AUGCCUAAAAGGAGAAACGUCACGUCUAGUGAGCAGAAAAUACCUGCAAAAGAUGACGGUUCAGUUCCCGAGAGGCCUCUGAAACUUCGAAAACAGAAUAGGCCUUUAGAAGAUAAAGAGAUAUGUGAAAAUCUUACAAACGAGAGUGACGACAACUGUAGUGAUUUUGACGACGAUGUAGGCGAUCCUGAUUUUAUUUUAGAGAGCGAUCACAACACGGAAUCUGAACAAUCCGAUGAGGAUGAUGUUGACGUCACGUAUCCCCAUGUUGAGGAAGUUUACCACGGAGAAAUCAACCAUAAUCACGACAAUGAAGAACAGGAAAGAGAAGUACGAGCUCAUGGAAGCCAGGACAUUACAGAGCAGAUCGGAAAAGAGACAAUAGUCGGAGAGAAACAGCAUGGCGCAGCAGAGACUAGAAUUGAAGAGAUCGGAGAGGAGCAGUAUAGCGAAGUAGAGACGCGAAAUGACCAGGGUAGUGAAGAUCUUAGAAUAGACCAGGAGCCAAAUGAAGAAUCAACAGGAGAGCUGCCGCACUAUUUUUACGGGAAGAAUAGGUACAAAUGGGCAUCGGCGGAACCAUCCCGAACAAGUCGAGUACGCGUGCACAAUAUUGUCAAUGCACCAUCUCAAGUUGAUUUGAGCGGUGUUAAUACGUAUGUAUUGUACAACAAGUGCACAAACAAGGGCGACAUAAGUCGUGGCCGAUUUUUACUCCUGCUGGCUCGUGAAUUAGUACUCCCGGAAAUGAAAUUACGCGUCUACAAUGAGAGGAUCCCACGGGAAUUGCGGCUAAGUAUCGAGCGAGUUAUUGGACCCGCCGAUAUGCCCGAGCCUCCACCACCAAAAACUUACCAGGAUCCAGAUUCAGGUGUUAGAAAAACAUGUGCAAUCUGUCCCAGUCGGUUGAAAAGGCGAACGAAGUACUGUUGCUGCAAAUGCAAGAAACCAAUGUGCCUUACUUGCUGCCUACAAAUAUGCAUUGACUGCAAAUGUACGUAG